UUGUUGUUUGAUUACCUACACUGCGAUUGAUGAGCCCAUUUUCAAAGGGUUUCAGUUUUUCGCGAAAAACCAACUCGUCGUUUUAGUUGAUUCAUGAAAUCAGCGUAGAUUGGACGUCGUCGUUGGCGCGUUUUGGAAGCAAACUAGUAGUGAUCCGGUAGUAGAACGACAAGAAGAUAGAUUCUGUUUACUCGGAAAGUGCUCUCACUAUCAAGUGCUGUGAAUUAAUCAGUGUAACGAACUGGACGACCAAAUAAGACGUAAAUUGCUCUGAGCGUUGUCCUCUGGUCCCUGGAGAAGGAAUUGACACGACACCAAGCCGGGUUUUUUUUCCUCGUUUCGGAAAAGGAAAAUUGAAUCCGUAGCCGUACGACGACAACGUGAGACUCGGAACAUUCGUAUCGGGACGUUUGUGUUUUUCCGGAGAAGAAAAAAAAAACGAGGCGGAAAAGCGUGUUUGUGACUGAAAAGGUGACCUCCUAAUUGGAUAAAUUGAGAGUGAAAAAGUCCGGCACGUGAAGUGAUAGAUUCAUCGACAGAAGAAGCAUCGCAAAGAAAAUUCCCAGACUCCCUGCUGCAAUGACGCUGGUGGGAGGGAAAGUGUGUUGGAGUGAUGUGCCCGGAUGUUUGCUAACAUCUGAAGAAGUGUGAAGCUAGUAGGAGCUGAUCGGAGGAAUAAUGCGCCGGUUUGAUCCGGGGGGACUAACGUAUGGUCAUCAUCAGUGAAGAAGCUCAGAAGGCUUUCCAAAUCAUUUAUAGAAGUGUGCAGUAGAUAGAACGCGUGUCCAGGUCCAUCUGAUCCCCCAGGGGCAAGUGAUGGUAAAGGUGAAUGAGCAUGUGAAUAGUGUUUUGCGUUGCCAUUUCUGAUGAGAUUGAUGAGAAAGGCAAACAGGAAUAAUGAAGUGCAAUAUUUGUUACCUGAUGGAGGUGCUAUUGUGGCUGGUGCUCGGAGGAAUGGCCACCGGAGGACGACGACAGUCGAUGGCAGUGGCCGGAUACAGCAGUGAUCCGCAUUUGUUCGAGAAUAGAGACGGUUACAUCAUCGGCAAUUACCUGCACGCAUCGGAACAGGACAUCCGGGACUUUUUCUGGACCGGAUCGGGCGAUGGACCGUCGGCCCUUAAUCCCUUCGACCGGUUUCCAAUCAGUGAGGAUGCAAUCAUCAAAACGGCCACCGUUGUGGCCACGGUAUACAUCGACCGGAGCAACAACGGGAACGGCGCCGGAGAUGAACUGUGCAUCUUCGAUUGUCCUCCGGGCGGAGCAGUGGACGAAACGAUUGAUAACGUCACACCCACCGACAGACGAUUCUGGCUUAUGACGGUCAUCGGGGGGCUGUUCGGCAAGAAGGAUUACCCGGAGCUGGAAGGAAAACUGGCCAAACUGUACCGGGUGGCGUUUACGAGACAACAAGCAUUACAUCUCGGUAUCAACAACAACACUCUUCACAUGCAAUCGUCACCAGCGCUGAGAGGAGGAGGAGAUCGAAAGCGAAGAAGCAUUCCAUCGAAGGGUGCUCAGGAGCUCAGGACCAGUGACCGGGGAGGGAAGCAGCACUUGGAGGGAGCCAGAAGAAGAACAAUGGUUGUGGGAGCAUCAAGUGGCAAACGUAAGCCGCUCGAAGGUAGGAAUGUUCUUGUGAAUGAGCUGGUCUACAAGUACGAACGAUAUCGGAGAAAGCGUAGGAGAAAGGUGCACAAGCGAGAUACGGACGAUGGGUCUGGCGAUGGAGACGGAACCAGGCAGCCCCUUGUGGUAGUGUCCGAAAGGGGCCAUGCGGAGACCGUUCAGGGCGAUGAAAUGCAGCAAUCACAACGAGCUUCCGUCCUCAAUGAUGGAUCGGCGUCACCACUUGCACGUCAUUAUGACAAGGAGGCAUACUCGAGCCCUGUUGGCACCGGCGGAAGUGGAAGCAGCACCAGCACCAGCAGCAGCAAUUACAACAAGCGCCAAGUACGUAUUUUGAUACACAAUACCACCCACUUGCGGGAAGGCGAUAGUGACGAGGACCUAUCGAUGGAUGGUGCCGAUUCAGUGAGAUCAAAUCAAUUGCUGAACCAAACGGAAAUCAUCUACUCGGUGUUUGUCGGUGGUCAACCGGUACUGGCCACCACUGCAGCCGAAGAUAUGAAACUUAUGUCCCAAGAGGAGGCCGAACACGUGAUGGAAACCUUGGUCUAUCUGAAAGCUGACCCAUAUCUCAAGGAACCGCAGGCAACUCCACUGAUACCGUCCACCUACAAUGGCAGCUCGAAUGUGAUCGCUCUCAUCGGUCAGAAUCCGACACUUUUUGUCGUGUCAUGCGUGGCCAGUGCGCUCUUCCUGGUGCUGCUGAUUGGCAUCUUCCUGGUGGCCAGGGGCAAGAGGAAACACAUUACCGAGCUGAAGAAGCUGGAGUCAACUCAGGCCCUGGUGAUGCCCAGAAGCAGCGGUGGUGCGGAUGAUCUGAACACAGUCAAGUCCGAAAGUGGUAGCAGCCAUCAUUCGCCAUUUCAUCGGGAUCCUUCAACGGUCAGUGUCAUUGGAUCCGUUCCGACGGGGAAGCCUUCUCCGACAAUUCACUUCCCCCUGCCACCGAUGUCACGCCCGACAUCAUCUUCGAGCUAUUCGUCCGAUUCAUCCGUUUACUAUCCGAAGCGGAAACUCAAGCAUCACACGCAGGAUUUGCUGGACGAGCGGGCAGUUACCUUAACGAACAAGCUGCAGAAACAAUUCGGGUCCUUGGUUGCCACAGAAAAUGUCUACGCUUCCGUUCAGAAGCCUAAGAAAGAGCACACACACAAACGUCGUCGAAAGUAUCUCGGAUCGGAGAACCGAGUCGGUUCCUAUGAGGGGGCCAUGCUCCAUGCACCGGGAAGCCCCGUUACGGCCAGCAGUACGACCACCAACAGUGCCAGUGGUUCAAGUGAGCAAUCGUACGAUACGCGACCUGCCAAACUAACGCCACCCUACGAACACAACGAAACGUUCAAUACGGAUGUCAUUAUGAAGCACUACCUGAAGAAGAAGAAGACGGCUGCGGCCGGAAUAAUGGGCCACUACAAUGGCGGGUUUACGAUGGAACAGGGUCCCAUUGAAGCCUUCAACAAGGACAAGAUCCGCUAUCUGGAAAAGUGUGGCCGGGCUUCGGUUGAUACGGGCAGCAUCGGGUCGUAUCUCAGCAUGGCGUCGGUGAAGAGUUUUCCAAGAUGUUUCGUCCCGGAGCCUCUGAGCCGAGUGCUGGAACCCGUAACGAUGACCCAUCUGGACCAAUCGGAAGGAGGCGCCGACGGAGGAAAAUCCACCGCACCCGGAACGGCUUCCACCAGUCAGUACAACACGGACACGGAGAUGCAAUUUUCCCGAACCCAAAGCGACGGUGCUGAUCCGGGCGUUGUGGGGCCCAUAGUGUGGCAGAUGCACAAGAAGGAAAUGGAAGAAAUGACUAGUCCCAUCCGUGACCCGGUGGUCACCCGGAACCGCUUCGAAGGUCUGCUGGAAGGUGCGAUCCAGCUCUACUCGGAUCCCCCGGAAAAGGAGGAAGCCAACAAGCACUCGAUCACCCUGCCCGGAGUGAUUCGACCCCCGACGGAGCACCGAGGAAAAUCGGCCGCGGCCGCCGUUGUAAGAUCACGUCCUCCUCCCCGCAGGGAACCGACAACGUCCCGUGCAUGCUCGGCCACCAUUCGGCCCGUUACGGCAGCCGGCCAGGCCCGUAGCAAGCUGGAGAGUUCCGGACCACCUUCACCGGGUCGAGGCGCGUGGGGAAGCGGCGCCCAUUCCCCGCUGGUUAGACCCAUGAGUGCUGGUCCGUUCCAUACUCCGGUCGCACCGCAGAUCGAUAUUACGCGUGUAAUGGCUCCGCAGACGGUUCUCCAGUCGACGGAACUGUCCACGGCACCACUGCUGCAUAAUAUCAUGCAGGAACUGAAACGAUUCCGGAACGAGUGAAGUCCCGAAAUAUGUUGUCUUCAAGUAACCAACCCAGUAGCAGUAGUUCUCUCAGAAUACUUUCAGGCCGGACAGGGCGAACCGACAGACGUGACACACUGCCAAUUUUAUGGUAGCUUACGGCAUUUAACUGCAUUACCUAUUCCUAUCGGUGACUAUUUAUCCAUAUGGUAGAGACGCGGGUUUUCGUGUACUUAGUAGAAUAGCUGUAGCUGUAGGUCGCUAUCGUUUUUUUGUGGUUUUCCUACUAAACUGGCGAAGGGAGCCGUAGCCUUUAAGAACAUUCCUUCUACUACAGUGCGUAUAAUCUGGUGAAUAACGUAAGUAUAUGUA